AUGACCGACGACAGGACGAAGCAGAAAGCCAUGGAGGCCGUCGCCGACAUCUACGGCAUCGACUCGAUCGCGGCGGACGUGAAGGAGAACAAGAUGACGGUGAUCGGCGACAUGGACACGGUGGCCAUCGCCAAGAAGCUGAAGAAGCUCGGCAAGGUCGACAUCGUCUCGGUGGGCCCCGCCAAGGAGGAGAAGAAGCCCGAGAAGAAACCCGAGGAGAAGAAACCGGAGGCGGCGGCGGCAAAGAAGGACGACGGCAAGAAACCGGAGGCGGCGGCGGGGAAGAAGGACGACAAGAAGUGA